CCUCUCCUUUGUUGCGUCCAUCUCGCCGUCUCCUUCCUGCGCCUCUCACACACUUUGAGUGGUAUUUGGGAGCUGGACUCAUCAUCAAUGGCGCUCGCGCUGCAUCUGUUACCACUCGUACUUUCACAGACAGCAGCAGUUUCGGCGUAUGUCUCAGCGGUCCAGCGUCCCAUAUUCGUCCUCCAGAGCCAUCGCUCUCCAUUCCCAUCUCCUGGUUUCCAGUGAGAUUAACCCCAACCCCAACUGGUUAUAGCUGUUGUAGCAGCAGCAGUGAACCUAUCCGUGAAAGGAGUCCCCUUUUCCUUCCUUUGGAUUGCCCCUUUGGCCUAAAGAAGCCGCCUUGGGGACGACUACUGUUUUCUAGGGGAGAUGGGCUUGAAAGGAUUCGUGGAGGGAGGUAUAGCUUCGAUUGCUGCCGGGUCCACUACCCACCCCCUCGACCUCGUCAAGGUCCGGAUGCAGCUCCAAGGCGAGGCCCUCAGCCCGGCCGUCUCCGCACUCCGCCCCGCUGUCGUCCUCCAAGGCGAAGCGGGCGUGGCCGCCGUCCCCCACCACCACCCGGCCCUGCCCCCGCCGCCGCGCCGACCCGGGCCGUUCGCGGUAGGCGCCCAGAUCCUCCGCGCCGAGGGUCCUGUCGGGCUCUUCUCCGGAGUCUCGGCGACCGUCCUCCGCCAGGCCCUCUACUCCACCACCCGAAUGGGUUUGUACGACCUGAUGAAGAAGCGGUGGUCUGCGCCGGGCGACGGCGGGUCCCUACCGCUCCACCGAAAGGUCGCCGCUGGCCUCAUCGCUGGUGGGAUCGGCGCCGUGGUCGGCAACCCCGCCGACGUGGCCAUGGUCCGGAUGCAGGCCGACGGGCGGCUCCCCCAGGCGAAGCGCCGUAACUACAAGAGCGUGCUCGACGCUAUCGGGCGGAUGGUCCGGCAGGAGGGGGUGGGCAGCCUGUGGCGCGGCUCGUCGCUGACGGUGAACCGGGCGAUGAUCGUGACGGCGUCGCAGCUGGCGACGUACGACCAGGCGAAGGAAGCCAUCCUGCGGCGCCGCGGUGCGGGGGCGGACGGACUGGGGACGCACGUGACGGCCAGCUUGGCGGCGGGGCUGGUUGCGGCUGCGGCGUCGAACCCGGUGGACGUGGUGAAGACGCGGGUGAUGAACAUGAGGGCGGAGGCGGGGGCGCCACUGCCGUACGUCGGGGCGGUGGACUGCGUCCUGAAGACGGUGCGGGCGGAGGGCCUCAUGGCGCUCUACAAGGGAUUCGUGCCCACCGUGUGUCGCCAGGGCCCCUUCACCGUCGUUCUCUUCGUCACUCUCGAGCAGGUGCGCAAGCUCCUCGAGUACUUCUGACCGCAGCAGCCCUCCGAUCUCGAAUCGACGGCGAUUGAUCCGCGACUUGUUUCGAUGGAGGGAUGUGAUGAUGAUGGCGAUAAAAGCGUUAUUUCACCUGCACUGCUUUUAGUAUAUGGCAGCCCUACACACAAUAUUGUCACUCUUUCUCGGCUACUUUACCAAGCUGAUUAAUAUAAAUCAAUUAUAUAAAUUCAUAAUUA